AUGAUAUCUGACCCAAAUAAUUCAGUCAACCGAGGAAGGUGGACUAGAGAAGAACAAGAAAGGUUUAUAGAAGCUUUAAAGCUCUACGAUAAAGAUUGAAGUAAAAUUGAAAGGCAUGUAAUGACAAGAACCAUCGCUCAGGUAAGAUCCCAUGCACAAAAAUAUCUUCUCAAAGUGGAGAAGACACAAAAGGCAAGCUCUGAGCAGCAAAAUCGGCUGUUUACGUUUCCGAGGAUGGUAUACAAAUUUGAAUUGUAUGCUAAAACUGUAGAGACGAUGGCUCAUCAUCUUUAUAUAGAGAGAAUGACCCAGUGUAGUGGGAUUAUCAGCCAGACGCAGUUGAUAGAAAACCCCAUUAGCAAUUAUUUAACUGAAGUUAUGAUACCUGAAAAGCAUGCAAGGCCCAGUGGCUUUGAUUUACCGGUCCCUAAGAAAAAAACCAGAUUAGAGCAUUGUAAGUAA